GUCAAUCAACAUAGAUAAUGGCCUACUCAAUGGAGUGGUCUUUAUCGACCUCAAAAAAGCAUUUGAUACCAUUGAUCACACCAUUCUCUUACGGAAGUUAAGAAUAUAUGGUGUUGACCAAAGCGGCAUCACACUCUUUGAAUCAUAUCUAAGCAACCGUGGCCAAAGAUGUUGCGUAAAUGGUGAAUUAUCUGAGGCUGUUAAAAUAAGUUGUGGUGUGCCUCAAGGUAGCAACUUGGGGCCACUAUUGUUUUUAAUUUACAUUAACGAUUUGCCUAAUUGUCUGGAAAGAGCCUCUCCGAGAAUGUUUGCUGAUGAUACCAAUAUAAGUAUUGCGGCAAAAUCUGUAACAGAGCUUGAAUCAAUAAUUAACUCUGAAUUGAAAAAUCUUAAUCAAUGGCUCAUAGCUAACAAACUGAGUCUAAAUGUCGCUAAAACGGAAUUUAUGAUAAUUGGAUCUCGUCAACGGUUAAUGAUACACAAUAAUGAACAAAUAAACAUUGAAAUUGACGGGAAGAUAAUCAAGACAGUUAAAGCUACGAAAUCAUUAGGAUUACAAAUUGAUGAGCACCUAGUAUGGGCGCGACACGUUGAAGGCAUUUCCAAAAAGGUUGCGUCGGCAAUUGGUGCUCUUAAAAGGAUACGCCAGUUCAUAGAUACAAGCACUGCCCUCAAAAUUUACGGAGCUUUGAUUCAACCGUAUUUUGAUUAUUGUAGUUCAGUUUGGGAUGGUUUAAAUAUCACGUUAAAUGAUAAAUUGCAAAAACUGCAAAAUAGAGCAGCGAGGGUAAUUACCAAAUCUGGAUACGAUGCAAGUUCCAGCGACCUUUUCACUAAACUAGGUUGGGACAAUCUUUCGACACGCCGGAAAAAACACAAGGCUGUAAUAAUGUUCAAAAUUCUUAACGAUUUAACACCGAAUUAUCUCCGUAAUUUAUUUGAAUUCCACAGCACAGGAUACAAUUUGAGAAACUCUGAAAAUGCUUUAUUUGUACCAAAACCGCGAACAAAUUAUGCUAAACGAAGUUUUAGUUAUAGUAUCGCGGUGUUGUGGAAUGAGUUACCUCAAAAUGUACGAGCAUUAUGCUCUCUUAACCAAUUUAAAAGGGAGAUUGACAACAUUUUUUCCCUAUAAAACAGACUCUCGCACGGCAAUCUUGUAAAUCAGUUUAUAUAUCUGUAUUUUAAAUUGUAUUGUAUUGUGUUGUAUUUAGUAAUUUUGUCCCUAAAUAUCUAAUGAAUGUAUAUAAUUAUAGCCCACUUUUUAUACUGUAGAUUUUACC